UGUGACCUACAGUGUGUCCCACUGCGCAUGCGUACGUUGGCCGCGGUCAUUUUGGGAUUUUGCUCUUCCUGUUUUUUUCGACCGAUAAUUUAUUGCAAUUUUUCGGCCCAAAAUGACGCUGACAACCGUUUUUCGGGCGAGUAUGCGACUCCCUCGGCUGAGAAGUAUACCCGAACGUGCGACAACUGUCUACGCAAGGUCAUUUUCCUCAGAGGCUGAGCUGAAAAAGACACCGCUGUACGAGUUCCACAAGGAGCACGGUGGGAAGAUGGUGGACUUUGCCGGCUGGUCCAUGCCGGUUCAGUACAAGGACGGCAUCUCAGCUUCUCACCUCCACACCCGGGCCAACGCCUCCAUCUUUGACGUCUCUCACAUGGUCCAGAGUCGGAUCCACGGAAGGGACGGGGUCAAGUUCAUCGAGUCUCUGACUGUGGGGGACGUUGCGGGGCUACAGGAGAACCAGGGAACCUUGACCUUGUUCACGAACGACCGGGGAGGGAUCAUGGAUGACUUGAUCGUGUCGAAGACGUCGGAAGGGUUCCUGUACGUGGUGACGAACGCUGGGUGUGCCGAGAAGGACAUCGCACACAUGCAGAGCCAGUGUAAAGAGUUUCAGGCCCAAGGCCACGAUGCAGCAGUAGAGGUCAUCCAAGAUCAGUUUGGUCUUCUGGCAUUACAAGGUCCAUCUGCCGCAGCUGCGCUACAGGCAGGUGUCGAAGCAGACCUGUCCAGGAUCACCUUCAUGUGCAGUGCCGUCCUGACGGUGUUCGGUGUCCCCGGCUGCCGUGUCACCAGGUGUGGGUACACGGGAGAGGACGGCUUCGAGGUGUCCAUUCCUGCGGCCCAGGUUGCGCAGGUUGCGGACAGCCUGCUGGGCGUGCAGGCUGCAGACGUGAAGCUGGCGGGGCUGGGUCCCAGGGACAGCCUCAGGCUGGAGGCGGGGCUCUGUCUCUAUGGCAACGACAUUGACGAGGACACCACGCCGGUGGAGGCCACCCUCCUGUGGACAGUAGCCAAACGUAGGAGAGCAGAGUCCAACUUCCCAGGAGCUGGCAUCAUCCUCCAACAAAUUAAGGACAAACCAAGCAGGAAGAGGGUAGGCAUCACUUCAAAAGGGCCACCAGCAAGAGCUGGCACCACAAUUCUCAGUGAAGACGGAACAAGUAUAGGUGUGGUGACCAGCGGUUGUCCGUCCCCGUCCCUGAAGAAGAACGUCGCCAUGGGUUACGUGCAGACGGUGUUCGCCAAGGCCGGCACACCCCUGAAGCUGGAGGUCCGGGGAAAGCAGGUCCCGGCACAGGUGUCCAAGAUGCCCUUCGUCCCCGCUAACUACUACUACGGGAAAUAAGCAUAGUACA